AUCUGUGUUUGGUCAGCGCCAAUACAUACACACAUAUAUACAUACACACACUCUCCUGCAGAUACAUUCAUUCAUUCUCUCUUCUUACCAUAUCAACCAUCCCGCAUAUUCCUCCCCUCUCUCCUCUCUCCUCUCUCUUCACAUACAUAUAUAUACAUUUUUUCUAUUUUUUUCCAUUUUAUCACACCAUCAUCUUCAGACCACCGUCAACGUCACGUCACCUUUUCCGAUCACUUUUUCCAUUUUUCAACUCUUCAUCAAUCUGGCAUCGAAUGAGGAAGGAGCUGUUGCCGGAGGAUUUUUGAUUGUUUCAUGGGCAAUACAUGCCGUGGAUCUUCUAGUGUACAAAGUUUUAACCAGGGAAUAGCUAAGCCUCAAGAACACCACCGUUCCAGCUCCAACGAGUCGUCUAACAACUCCUCUUCGGAUUAUUCACCCACCACUUUAAACGCUCAACAACAAGUUGCUCAAGAAUUUGAAAACGAUAAACAACCCUCAGUUACCAACCAUAAUAAUAAAAAAGAAAAUAAUUCUCCAUCAGUUGUUAUCCCCAAAAAGAAAAACAGUAUGAACCGUAGCACCAACCCAACUUAUUAUGUCUUGGGUCAUCCCACUCCCAACAUACGUGAUCUUUACACGCUUGGGCGUAAAUUAGGGCAAGGUCAGUUUGGUACCACCUAUUUAUGCACCGAGAAUUCCACAGGAACUGAAUAUGCUUGUAAAUCUAUUGCCAAGAGGAAGCUCAUAUCUAAAGAAGAUGUAGAGGAUGUUAGGAGGGAGAUUCAAAUAAUGCACCAUUUGGCUGGUCACGCGAAUAUAGUGACCAUCAAGGGUGCAUAUGAGGACCACUUGUAUGUCCAUAUAGUGAUGGAGCUCUGUAACGGGGGAGAGUUGUUUGACAGGAUUAUUCACAGGGGACACUACAGCGAGAAGAAGGCUGCUGGAUUAACAAAGAUUAUUGUAGGUGUUGUUGAGGCAUGCCAUUCACUUGGGGUUAUGCAUAGAGAUCUUAAGCCUGAGAAUUUCUUGUUAGUUAACAAGGAUGAUGAUUUUUCUCUCAAAGCAAUCGAUUUUGGACUUUCAAUUUUCUUUAAGCCAGGUCAGAUUUUUACUGACGUGGUUGGUAGCCCGUAUUAUGUUGCUCCUGAGGUGCUUUUGAAGCACUAUGGGAAAGAAUCAGAUAUAUGGACAGCAGGGGUUAUAUUAUAUAUUCUACUAAGUGGUGUUCCUCCUUUCUGGGCCGAAACUCAGCAGGGGAUAUUUGAUUCGGUUUUGAAGGGGCACGUAGACUUUGAAUCAGAUCCCUGGCCUUUGAUUUCAGAUAGCGCUAAGGAUCUCAUCAGGAAGAUGUUAUGCAAGCGACCUUCAGAUCGCUUAACUGCUCCUCAAGUCUUAUGUCAUCCUUGGAUUAGUGAACAAGGAGUUGCUCCUGAUAGAUCCCUGGAUCCAGCUGUACUCUCUCGCCUGAAACAGUUCUCUGCAAUGAAUAAGUUGAAGAAGAUGGCUUUACGGGUUAUUGCUGAAAGUUUGUCAGAGGAGGAAAUUGCUGGUCUGAAAGAAAUGUUCAAGGCAAUGGACACUGAUAACAGUGGUGCAAUAACAUUUGAUGAACUCAAGGCUGGUUUGAGAAAAUAUGGUUCAACCUUAAAGGAUACAGAGAUACGUGACCUUAUGGACGCAGCUGACGUGGAUAAUAGUGGGUCUAUUGACUAUGGUGAGUUUGUAGCAGCGACAAUUCAUCUGAACAAACUUGAACGUGAGGAACAUCUCAUGGCUGCGUUUCAGUAUUUCGACAAAGAUAGCAGUGGUUAUAUUACAGUUGAUGAGCUCCAGCAAGCUUGUGCAGAACAUAACAUGACUGAUGCUUACCUUGAAGACAUUAUAAAAGAAGUUGAUCAAGAUAAUGAUGGGAGGAUCGAUUAUGGUGAAUUUGUUGCUAUGAUGCAAAAAGGCAAUGCAGGAGUUGGAAGGCGAACCAUGCGACACAGUCUGAAUAUGAGUAGGAGAGAUUCACAAGGAGCUCAAUAGCUGAAAAGUAAUACGGCGUCCAUUGGUUAUACAGCAAGGACGGAUAGGAGGUUCCACGACACUUAAAUGAUUAACGAAUCCUCCCAUCCAGUGGGAGAAAGUUUAAAAGCACGCGUGUAGAGUUUUUGAAUACUUGAUUCCCAUUGAUCUGUAACUCGGGAUGUUGCAAAUUGUGUAAAUUAUGUAGCUACUAACGGAUGCAGAAGGCUUCUGCUCUAGUUGCUUUCGGAUGCAGAAGUUUCCUCUCCUUUUUUUUUUUUUUGGAAAGUCAGAAGUUUCUAUAUGUAUGUACAUUGUUACUUAUGUACAUUGUUCAUAUUAUUCAAGCAAAACAAAACAUUUAUUUGUUUA